GCUGUGGGGGGUAUGGGAAGUCCUAUACAAGACAAAGCAGAGGAUGCUGUCAGCUUUCUGUACGAUCGGUACCAUUACUGGAAUCGCCUUGGUCCACUUCCGCCUCCACCCCCUCUCCAGAAAUCGCGAGCGAGUAGAUUUAGUGGAAGUUCCUUGUCGGUAGAUACACUCGGAACAGCUCGGACUGGUGAUUCAAAGACAACAUGGAAAUCUGGAGACUCCGGAAUGAGCUGGAAAACUAAGACAAUCAAAUCAAGGCUUGGACUCAACAAGCCUGAUAAGGGAACGAAACCGAAGCCAGAUCCGACAUCACUGGAAUUUAAGUUUGAAACUCAUAAUCCCAGCAUGGAUCUUGGUACACGACGAAUGACAGAAAUCGCAGAAGAAAAUGAAGACUUGACCGAUUCAAAGCAAACGGAGGAAGAAACCAAAUCUAUCAGCCAUGCUGUGACGGAUUAUCUCAGAAAAGAAUUAGAUGUAAUUCUAUCACUGUAUGCACAAAGAAAAUUUGCGGACACCGUCAAGAAAUGCGAGUCUGGACUGGACCUUUUGGCGAAAUAUUCCGAGGCUAACGUUCCAGAGAAAUCUGAACUGACUGGCUUGUUUAACAGUUACCUUGGAAACGUGGCGGUACAAGCUGGUGAUUUCACACGGGCACUGAAACACCACACGAUAGACCUGAAAAUCGGCGAGAAAUGCGAUGUGAUGGCGUGCCGUUACAGGGCCCUCGGGAACCUUGGUCGAACACACAUGCUACAGGGGAAAUAUAACCGGGCACUGGAAAUGUACACUAUGAAAGCCCCGUUAUGUAAGACUGCAGGCGAAUCGUCUGCUUUGUUCCAUGACAUAGGAAAUUGCUUCCUCUUGCUAAAUAACUUCUCAUAUGCCCGUGACGCUGGCCGGAAGUCACUGGAAACUGGACAGGAAUCAGACGACAAGCGACUACAGCUUCAGGCAUGCGUCCUGAUUGGUCUGUCUGAAGUAAAUAUGAAGAAGUACAAGGAUGCCUACAACUCAUUUGAAACCGGCCUGACGCAUGCGCAGGCAUUGGGUGACAAGCAGGCGGAGGAAGCCAUGAACCAUGCUCUUAUAGACAUCAACAAGAAGCUGGCGAACAAGUCAAAGAAAUCUCAGGCGGAGUCACGUGACACGUAUCCGCCAUCUUCCCACGCGUCCGACUCUGCCCGAUCAGUAAUGGUGGAAGGUUAAGAUCAGAGACAUCACAAAUGUCCCAGGUAUCUGGCGACGUCACGUGCACUGUUUACUGCUGGCUGAAAGAUGACGUCGCAAUAUCAUAUGACAUAACAGGGAGAAGCUGACGUCAUAUAUAUAUGUAUCAAACAACGCUGGAAGAGAGUUCAAUACUGUUAGUGCUGUAGAAUGUGCGACAACACUGGAAAGGUCGAACGCUGUUUACAACAUAUUUGUUUCUUUACAGUUUAAUCGUUCCCGAACAUUAGGAAAAAGAAACGUAUUCAAAUUGCUUUUUUUGUACUUGCAAAACAAGUUCUUUCUUAAGGACCAGAAUCGGAUUUUUUUAUCUGCAAAAGCAAUUAUUAUGCCAAGUCUUUGUAUUAUGAAUUUCCCCCUUUUAUUUUUGAAGUAUAUGUUCAGUAUACAUGUAUUUGCCAUUUAAAGCAUAUUGUCCCUGACAACAAGUCGGUCCGUAUGGCACUAGGAUACUUCCUAUAGUUAAUGAAAUGUGAUCACAUCCGCUAAAGUGAUAUGAGGAUUUUUCAUGUAACACUUUUCCAGCCAACCGAAUCCCGUUUUUAACUCAGAUUAGUCGUGCGUUGAUAUAAGUAUAGCACGAUGUCGAACAGCAAUACUACAAUAAUUCGAGAAACAAUACAGGAUUAAAUCAUAUUAAACAAUGAUUAAGGCAAGUAAAAAUCCACAUUACUUUGCUUUCUGGUCUGAAUAUUUCAUUAUCACGUAAAUAUUGUUAAUAUAAAAUGUACAAACUGUUUCCUUGUAAUGUGCCGUCGGUUAUCCAGUGAAAUGUGAGCUUCAGCUUUAAAACAGAAAUCUGCUUAAAAGUUCAAGGGACGACCUUAUAUGGAAGCUACACGCAUUGUGUGUACUUCCAAAUGACGUCACGUGAUUUUCUGCUCUAUUUUAUGAAUGAAUGCAGACCUGACAUAUGCCGUAUUGUGGUAAACAAUCCCCGGAGUUCGUUUAUACAAGAUAGCACUUAUUAAAUACACUCCCGUUUCUUUACACGUUUUGCAAUUAAUUUAUACCCCGCAAGCUAAUUGUUAUAUUGCUUCUUUGUGAAACUUCGUUUUUUAGAAAUAAACAUUUCAAAAAGGUAACGACAUUGUCUUGUUCUAUAGAUAGGAAUGUCAUGAUAUGACUUUUUA